AUGGACGUCGCCUCGCGAGGACAAUCGGAAUACGACGAUGACGCUGACUACUUGGAAUUCGACGUCUUCGAUGACAGCAUGUUGCUCAGAUAUGAUUACUCUGUUGGCAGCUUUCAGCAGCACCUCGUUCAAUGCUCAAAAGCCAUCUUCCUGGGUGAAACUGCUCUCAGGAUAGCCGAGCUAUACGUCGCCACGUUCCUUCUUCAUUUGCUCUCUUGCAUGAGGCCUUUACCUCCGAAGAUCCUACAAGUAUGUUCAGGUGUUUUGGGAACGUUUGUGCUGUAUCGCAAUCAUUCAUCUUUGCUACUGUAUAACAUCAUUUCAUUUCUACUUGUUUACUCGACUUUACAUGUCUGUACCAAAUGGCGGACCAAAUACACGGGAACGAUGGUGACUUUUGUGGCGCUCUCGUCAACUGCCGUUUGUCAACUGAUUCUGCCUGCCACCAGCUUCAACAAGAUUCUAGGCAGCGUCAUGGUGCUGAAUAUGAAGAUGAUCAGUGUCGGUUUCGAUAUGGACAACAUGAAUGAUGCUGCAGUCGUUCCAGAUUUUGUUGGUUUCUUUGGCUAUUGUUUUCAUGUUGGCACAAGUUUGUUUGGACCGUGGUUAAGCUUUAACAACUGCUGUACGGCUAUGAGAAGCGCUUGUUUUGCGAGUGUACUUUCUUCCAUUGCACGAGCAGCAUACUGCGGAAUACUGGCAUGUUGCUUUCUUUUGUACUCUUCAUGCAUUUUGGACUGGUUUUUGCCUGACGAAUUGGGAUUUUAUAGCAGAGUUGCUCGCCCGCUGGCCAUUGAACUGCCUCGCUCCCUGGUGGACGUUGUUGUUGGCUGGAAUUUACCUAUGCAUAAUUUUUUGAAGAACUGUACGUUGCAACGUUACUUCUAA